AUGCAAUCCAGUGCUCUCUCUCGACCAGUGGGCCGUCGGAAACCCAAGACGUCCAAGCAAGAACGCGUGUGUCCGAUAUGCUUCAAAGAGUUCUCCAAGGCGGAACAUUUGGCGAGGCAUUAUAGAUCCCACACCAAGGAGAAGCCGUUCCAUUGCGCGGACUGCGGGAGGGUCUAUACCAGACAAGACACAUUACUUCGCCAUACGCGGUCCCAUUGUCCCAGAGAUGGACUGGGCGAGGAUGGAACCGGUGCCCGUCAUGUCCUGCCUCCCACGACUGCGCCUGGUUUGGAGGGGCUUGGCGCGGCAACAUUCCAACCAAUGUCACCAUCGUCAAAUUCGUCACCAUCUAUGCGUAAUGUCGCAAAUAUAAGGAGGCCUUCUCAUGUUAUAGCAGAACAUGUGCAGACAGCAACUGUGCCCGUGGAAGGUGGCACCAACGCGUCUCCGGCGUUGGAUUUCCCCGUCUCAUUAUCACAGAAUCCAGGUGCUGAUUUUCAGGUAAACGAGAGCCUGAAUUCGACGGAUAUAUCUAGCGUCGAGCUAGAAUCGGGUUGGAUUUCUUGGCUGCUGGGUGAUAACUUUGACUUGGAUGCCGUGAACUCGUCCUUGUUGCAAGCCACUACUGGAGACUUAUUAGCUGCUGAUCGGAUGCCGGACGAGGAUCCGCUUGCUCCUGACUCAUUCAGCGCUGGCACACAGGCAACGGAGGCGAGAUUGGCGCCGAGUGGGGAUGCGAUCAGAGAGAAAUGGCACACCCACUGUGGACAGACCACGUCGGAUCUCAUAUCCCCAGACCCAGCGAAUGACCGCUAUCAAAUUGAUGAGUCUUAUCGCCACGAGCUCGCUGACCGUCUUCAGCAACGUGUGCAAACCGGAAUUCUACCCUCGACCACUUUUCUGUGGGACAUUAUGAUCGCUCAACGUCCAGAUUCAAGUAUCGUGGCCAUUCAGUCAGCCCUAUUAGGCCAAACAUUUGGUCUUCUUAUUGGGAGGCCCAAAGAUCUGGCGGGAAUCGAGGCCUUUCAUGGAAGUAUAAUUGCAUGGGCGCGCAGAGUCCGACUACUUAGCCAUGCAGCAACACCAGCAUUACCCCCGAAUCUUCCAAAUCUGACGAAUGGCGAAUUGCAAUCCGCAUGGAAGCAUUGGAUCACCGUAGAAGAGAGGAAACGCACUCUGCUCGGAAUCUUCAUCCAUGAUGCUGAGCUAGCGAAGAUGCAUCAUCAUGAAACAUACCUACGUCUUGCGACCGAGCGUCUACCGACCAUCUCCUCAGAUGAGCUGUUUGCGGCAAACAACGCAAAUGCGUGGAGAGAGCUUGCUCUCCAAGCGAAUCAGAGGUCAGGGAGCCGGACCUCAUUGCCAAGCGACGACCAGAGCGUUUUGAGGUCGAUGCGGGAGCGAAGGUUUGGUGGGACGAGUGACUUCGAAGUCUGUGCCAUGCUUGAGUGCAUCAGUGCUAUGGCCUGUGAAUGCCAAGAACCUUUCUCGACCACCCCCGAUUUGAUCCAGAAGUGCCAGGAAAAGCUCAUAUCUUGGUACGAGACGCAUCUAUCUACUGCUGUACCUGGUGAGGUCUGGGCAUAUCCACUUAGGAUUCUCUGGCAUUCCACUUUCAUCCUCUUAUACUCGAACCUCGACAUCCUGGAGCGAGCCUGCGGUAGAGACGGACCUGAGGCAGCUCAAGAAGCCAUUGGAUACGCUCGCCAGUGGGCAAAUUCCCACGAGGCGACCAGAUCUCUAAUACACGCUGUCUGCAUCAGGAAGGACUUCGAAUCAAUGCACAUUGGGUCCGAAUGUCCACUACACGUUCCCACCUGUCUUUACGAUUGUGGGAUCAUCUGGUUCUGCUUUGGACAUUUUGGCCAUGGCAGCAACGGAGCUAUAAUGGAACGCAAUUUUCCAGAAUUAAAUCUAGCUGGAGUGCACGUUGACGAAAUCGAUGCGGCAGAACUCAAGAACUCUCAAGUUGAGCGGAAUGCUGCGAAUCAGGUUUUCAGGAUUGUCGGCCUGUUGCAGAGCAUACGCCAUUGGAAACUAUCUUUGAGUCUUGCUUCAACAUUGCUUGCGCUUAUAGAGGAGCAAGAUAAUGUUUUCUAG